AUGACUAGCUUCGAUGAACCUAUCCCCAAUAAAGGGAGGUCUGCAGUUGACCUACUGAGCGCAAUUCGGCCACAAUGUACCCUUCUCCGCGGCACGCCUGAAUAUGAAAACGCGCGCAAAGGAUACUGGGCGGCCGAGCAGGCUCGCUGUACCCCAUACUGCAUCUUCCAACCCACCAAUUCAGAGGAUGUAGCGCAGGCAGUCCACGUACUCCGGGAGACUGGGUGUCCAUUUGGAAUCAAGAGCGGCGGACACGGCCGAUGUGAGGGGGAGUCCUCGAUCACUGCUGGUGUUCUCAUUGACUUGAAGCCAUUGGAUGAUAUUAGGCUCUCCGACGACAAGACGUCGUGUCGGGUCGGUCCAGGAAAUACCUGGGCGAAUGUUUAUGGGACGCUCAACCCGCAGGGACUGACGGUUAUUGGGGGUCGGGCAUCCACGGUAGGAGUAGGUGGGUUUUGCGUUUCUGGUGGCAUCUCAUUCUUCUCCAAUCGCCACGGCUGGGCCCUCGACAACAUCCACUCAUUCGAGGUCGUCCUUGCGGACAGUCGCAUCGUUACCGCCAGUCCGUCAUCAAAUCCAGACCUCUACAAAGCCCUGCGCGGCGGCGGCGCCAACUUCGGCAUCGUCACCAGCUUCGACCUGAUGGUACAUCCAUACCAGGGCAUGUGGGGUGGCGGCAUUAACUGGGCCUGGGAGCAUGGGGACGCCAUCAUCGACGCCUUUAUCGAAUACGGCAAUGACAAUCUACACAAUGUCGACUCCUCUUUGCUGAUAGGGGUGAUCAACUACGACGGAACUUGGGUCUGGCACGCGGACAUCGAGCAUCUCCUGCCUACCUCGGCGCACAAAAACCCCACACUGAAACGCCUGCUCGACAUUCCUGCCGUCAGCGACUUUACAGGGCCGACGAGCCAGAUUCAACGCACAGACGGUAUUCUCGACCACUACCCUCCCGGCUGCUACAACGGGUACUGGACCUUCUGUACGAAGGUGGACAAACGACUCAUCAAGGUCUUCAUUGAGACCUGGCGGGACGAGAUCGAUCCCAUCCUCCACAUCGAAGGAAUCGAGAAGUCGGCGCUGGCGGAUAUCAACUUUGUCUCUGGGAACAUCAUCAAUGCCAUGCGGAGGAAUGGCGGAAAUGCGCUUGGGGUCGUCGAACAGGGUCCCUUCCUGGUCUUCCUUAUGGAGCCGUUCUGGAUUAAGGAAGCCGAUAGUCCGACAGUGUGGAAGGCGAUGGAGACCACAGCGACGAGAACGCAAAACGAGGCGAAACGCCUGGGUCUGCAUCACGAGUACAUUUACUUGAAUUAUGCGAAUCCAUUCCAGGAUGUGUAUGAUGGGUAUGGGGAGAAGGCGAAACGCUUCCUGAUAGAAGUCAGCAGGAAGUAUGACCCCGAGGGGUUCUUCCAGGCACAGCGUGGUACGGGUUGGGAUCUUCGUGGGCCGUUGGUGCCGUCGUCGAGGAUCUAA